AUGGAUCAUGUAGAGUCUACUCCUUAUUACCCGAAAGAAAAUGGUCAAGCUGAAGCUACUAACAAGACUUUGCUCAAAGUGCUUAUAGCAUGUUUGGAUGAUGACACAGAUCAGUCAACCAACACACCAGUUCAGCUGGCUUUGAUUUUCUCGCAUACAGAAAAGUAUCCGGAUGAGCCUCCUCUUCUGAAUGUAAAAAGUAUACGGGGAAUACAAACUAGAGACCUGAAAGUCACGAAAGAAAAGCUUGAACAGGAGGCAUCUGAAAACCUUGGAAUGGCUAUGAUUUACACUUUGGUUACAUCAGCCAAGGAAUGGCUGUCUGAAAGAUAUGGCCAAGAUGCUGAUGCUGACAAUGCUGAAGAAGAAGAGGCUACAAAAGAUGAGGUAAUUGUACCGCAUGGAGAACCUGUUACUGUUGACACAUUUUUGGCAUGGAGGGAAAGGUUUGAGGCAGAGUUGGCACUAGAGCGAGCCAAGCUAAUGCCCGAGUCUGCUCUCACAGCACCCAAGGAAAAGAAGCUCACAGGCAGGCAGUGGUUUGAAAGUGGAAGAGCCACAGCGAAAGGUGCAGCUCCAGUCAAUGAAGGAUCUGAUGAGGAAGACGAGGAAGAUGUUGAUUUUGAUGAUGAUGAUUUUGAAGAUGAUGAAGAAGAUAUGCUUGAGCACUAUCUGGCUGAGAAGUCUGAUUCAUCCUCUCACUCUUCAAAGAGAACUGCCUAAUAGAAAGUUGAAAAUUAAAUAUUUUUGAUGGAGCACUUCCUAGCAUUGGAAGUACACUAUCUCUCCCAAUUUAUCUUUCCUAUGUAUUUCGCCCCACUUUAUCUCUUGACAGAAAGUGGGAGCCGUAGUUUGAUGAUUAGAAACUUCCUAUGAUUUAUUCAAGUAUAGUAGCAAGGAUGGAAUUCAUUGGAGGAAACCAUUUCUGUUGUAACAUUGAGUUUGUGUGUUUUUAAGCACCAGCUCUUAUGUAAAAUUCUCCAAAUUUUGCCUAAUAUUUAUAAAGCAAAACAAAUUUCAUGUCUUUUAA